AUUGACAAUGUCAAAUUAGAGAAAAAUAGUACGAAUUGGGACUAGACAUCAGUUAACUGAGGAUAAUUAAAGUAGAUAAAAAUGGCACAGACAGCGGGUGUAAAACCCAUAGCCAUUGCAGGUCGUGUGGCAUCUGAAAGAGAAAGAUGUCUUGGUAUGACUGAUGCUGAAAGAGCUUGGCGUAAGCAAUGGCUAAAGGACCAGGUCUUAGCUUCGAAUGAACCAGUUCAUGUAGAAGAAUAUUGGAAGGAAAGAACAAAUCCGAUACGCCGCUUUUAUCGAAAACCUUUAGAUGUAUUAUUUAAUAAACUGACACCUAUGCUGGGAGUGCAGCGUGCAGCAGAUUAUAGAUACAUUACCGGGAAACUUGGUUUAGCAGCGGUUGGGGUUCUGGCCAUACAUUAUUACUUUAAAUACAGUGGAAAUGAUUGGACUAAAAAGGGAGGUUGGAGAGUAACCAGGACUAAACCAAUGGUUUUGCCUGGACAACCUGGGUUUCCUUAUAAAUCUCAACGUACUAAAGAUUCCGAUUUUGCUGAUAGAGGUUACAGCAAUUCUCUUAUUUUUGAUUCAAAGUAAACAUAAUGAGUUAUAUAUAAUUUCAUAUAGAUUUUAGUAGUUUAUUGAGAAAUGUACAAUAGAAUUUGCAUUGUCUAAAUAAUAUGCCAUGUCUGAAAAUAAACAACUGUUAUUA